CCGGUUUAAGUUCGUUCGCCCGCCCUAUCGUCUUUGUAAAAAGAUUCUAACCAGAUUGGGAACAACAUCGACGAAAAUGGCGUACUCAAUUAGUAGUAGUAACGCAUUCAGGUGUAGUUCCGAUACGCUGCGUUUUGAUCCCCGACAACAAUGUAGCAGCAGCCGCCUAAACCCUAAUCCUUCGUCCUCUCUCCUCUCCUUUAAUUUCUCCCCGAUUCUCGCCCGAAAUUUCGUCGGUGCUUCUUCUUCUUCUUCUUCGUCUGUUUCCCGGCGGUGUAUUCGAGUUAGAGCUAAAAUGGCUGCGUCGGAAGGUUCCAUCAACGGAAGCAACAGGAUGCUGGUGUUUGUGCCACCACAUCCGUUGAUCAAACAUUGGAUCUCUGUUCUGAGAAAUGACCAGACCCCUUGUCCUAUUUUCAGGAAUGCAAUGGCUGAACUAGGGAGACUACUCAUGUAUGAAGCAUCACGAGAGUGGCUGCCAACUGUUGUUGGAGAAAUAAUGUCUCCACUUGGUCCUGCUUCUGUUGAAUUCAUUGAUCCUAGAGAGCCUAUUGCGGUUAUUCCGAUAUUGAGAGCUGGUCUUGCUCUUGCAGAACAUGCGUCCUCGGUUUUGCCUGCGAAUAAAGUGUAUCAUUUAGGAGUAAGUAGGGAUGAGAAAACACUUUUGCCGUCAGUGUAUCUUAACAAGUUGCCUGAUGAAUUUCCCAAGAACUCGAGAGUAUUUUUGGUCGACCCAAUGAUUGCCACAGGUGGUACCAUAAUUGCGGCGAUGGAUCUAUUGAAGGAACGUGGUUUGUCUGUUCAGCAAAUCAAAGUGAUUUGUGCGUGUACUGCACCUCCUGGACUGUCGAAGCUUAAUGAGAAAUUCCCUGGGCUUCAUGUAUAUGCUGGAAUGAUCGAUCCUGAAGUCAAUGAACAUGGGUNCAUAAUACCUGGGCUUGGAGACGCUGGAGACCGCAGUUUCGGGACAGAAUGAGCUUUUUUGAUGAAGGUGCUUCUUGUGUAGAGUUUUUAAAACUUUACAGUCAAAAAUCAUUAAGACUAAUUUGGUUUCUUACUUUGCUUAGAUAUAUGUCUUGAUCUCAGGUUACUGAAAGUGUUUUGAUAAAGAGUCAAAGAUUUACAAACAAGAAGAAUCUGAAUUCUCCUCAUUAUUAAGAAACAAAGAACAAAAAACUUGUAAACACAAAUUUUCUUUGGGGAGUAUUAUCGUGAUUUAUGUGUCAUUUUGUCAA